GUAGGGGAGGCGGGAGCAGCCAUGAGGCGCGUUCUUCCUACCGCGGCGUCCUCCGCCAGCGGCAGCGGGAUCGGCGGGACGGCCGUGGAAAGCGGACUCGCCGGUCUUCGCGGACGAGCUUGGUGGGCGGGCAGCGGUGCCGGGAGGGUUUGUUUGUACCUUGUCACUCCCCCCCUCCGGUGAGGGUGGUAGCGCCCACAGUACGCGCCGCGCGGGGCGCCGCCGCCGCUUCUAUAAGCGCGGCCGCGGGGCGGGCUCGGGGCUGGCUGCGCCGCUGCUCCCGCCCGAUCGCUGCCGCUCCCGCUCCGUCCCGCCGGGAGCAUGUACCAGAGCUCCGCGCGCUGCCUCUGCUCGGCCCUUCCCGCCCUCUGCUGCGCCCCCGCCGCCGCCUCGGCCUCCCGCCUGCCGCUGCCGCGGCCCUGCUCCCACCCGCCAGGCCCCGGCCCCGCCGCGCCGCAGGCAGCAGCGGGCCCGCCCGCCCCGGGGGCGCCGCCCCGCACAGUGUGUUCCAUGGGAAACAGCACAAGCCGGCUCUACAGCGUACUUGCCAAGACGCUGAGCAGUGGUGCUGUGUCCCAGCACCAGAACUGCCUGGAGCAGCUGGACUCAGCACAGCUGGAUCCUAUAGACCCCAAGGAUUUGCUGGAGGAGUGUCAGAUUGUUCUGCAGAAGCGGCCACCCCGGUUUCAGAGGAACUUUGUGAACCUGAAGAAAAAUAUGGCCAGUAACCACCGCCCCAUCCGGGUCAUGCAGUGGAACAUCCUCGCCCAAGCUCUCGGGGAAGGCAAAGACAACUUUGUUCAGUGCCCCAUGGAAGCUCUGAAAUGGGAGGAGAGGAAGUGCCUUAUCCUGGAGGAGAUCCUUGCAUACAAGCCCGACAUCUUGUGCCUUCAGGAAGUCGACCACUACUUCGACACCUUUGAGCCGCUCCUCAGCCGCUUGGGCUACCAGUGCACUUUCUUCCCGAAGCCGUGGUCACCGUGCCUCGACGUGGAGCACAACAACGGCCCGGAUGGCUGCGCCAUGUUCUUCCUCAAGGAGCGCUUCGAGCUCGUCAGCAGUGCCAACAUCCGUCUGACCGCCAUGAAGCUGAAGACCAACCAGGUGGCCAUUGCUCAGACGCUGAAGUGCCACGAAACCGGGAGGCUCUUCUGCAUCGCCGUCACCCACCUGAAGGCCCGCACGGGCUGGGAGAGAUUCCGCUCUGCUCAGGGCUGUGACCUCCUCCAGAACCUGAAGAACAUCACCCAAGGAGCAAAGAUCCCCCUGAUUGUCUGCGGAGACUUCAAUGCAGAGCCGACCGAGGAGGUCUACAGGGAGUUUUCAAACUCUAGCCUCAACUUAAACAGUGCAUACAAGCUGCUGAGCCCCGAUGGACAGUCGGAGCCCCCCUACACCACCUGGAAGAUCCGGCCCUCUGGAGAGUGCCGGCACACGCUGGAUUACAUCUGGUAUUCCCAGCAUGCCUUGAAUGUGAACUCAGCCCUGGGCUUGCUGACUGAAGAGCAAAUUGGGCCCAACAGGCUGCCCUCAUUCAAUUACCCUUCCGAUCACCUGUCCCUUGUGUGUGACUUUAGCUUUAAUCAGGACCCUGACAGACUGCUGUAAUGUCUUAGAACACCACCUGGUAUUACAGUGUCUGAACUCUCCAGUCUUUUAUUUUAGAGAAAACCUUGGAAGCUAGAUGCUAUUGAAAGAUGAGGAAAUAGUGUUGACUGACCAUUAUUUUCAGGCACUUGUUUGGAGUUACACUUGCUGUUCAGCCCUCAUUGAUGUGCAGCCUUCAAGGGAGGAAGAAGGAAGCCAGUGUUCUUGUCAUGCUCUUCUCGCCGCGUCAGGAUUUGAAAACUAGAAGGCAAAUGGCUUUAUUCUUUCACUAAGCCCCCUGUUUUCAGGAUUUGAUCCUCUAAUGAAUGUGAGGGCCUUAGUAUUUAAAUCAAAACACUUGUGUUUGUAAAACAUCUUGCCCCGACAACAAUUUUAUUUCAUGUUAAGCUUUUGCAAGUACCAAAGGGAUGAGGUUCGACUACCGAGUGAGAUUAUCUUAAAUCUUUUUCUGUUGCAAUACAAAGGAAGUUUAAUGCAGUUUAGACAAAAAGCUAAACUUAUAAUAGUGUUCUCUUGUCAUUUUUCUAUGACCUGAGAUGAUAAAUUCAUUAGAAAUGUGAGGAAGGAUCCCUCCAGUAAGAGCAGGUGAGGAAAGAGAGGUUGACUAUGACCUAGAGUAAUACCCUCACUUCUCCAGAACAAAGUGCAUGUAUCUGUCACACGCAGACAGCCUGUAGGCUGUACAGUGACUGUACCUUCAUCUCUUCUGUGCUUCUCUCUGGAGGACACAGCUAACCAGGGACUAUUUCGUCCUCUACUUUGAGUAUUUCUUUUCUAAAUGGUUUAAAUUUGUAGUCUUGUCAAUCUUGCUGUUUCAGUAAAGGGCCAGUCUUAACAUUGAAAUAUUUUCUUUUAUUUAUCUUCAGAAUCUAAAGCUACACUGGAAGCUGUUUUAAGAUAAAAUUUAUUUAUUGAGAGAAGUUGGUGAUCCUGCAUCUGAUUGGAAAGCGUAGAGUGACAGUUUUCAGGAGCCUCUUCCUGUGACCCAGGGAAGCUCUGGCAAAGCAUCUGGGCUACAACAGAGGUGUGUUAGUUUAGUGUGUUAGUAUAGUAACUCCUUUGACUGCUCACAGCGACACAGAAAUUGCAUAUUUGGGUUGUAAACAUGCCAUUAUGCCAGGAAAUGGCAUAGGAAGAGAGUUGGGAAGGGGGACAACAGUUGGAGUUGUGCUGACAUUUAGACAGUUGAGGAAGAUACGGCAGGGCAAAUAAAGAAGUAUUUCUUUGUGGAGCAGGUACAUAGUAACUCUUAAAUGUUUAAUAAUAAAACUCUUAACUGUUUAAUAAUAAAAUUCUUUGGAAAAAAGUAA